AUGGAGAAAAAAUCACCAUUAAUCACCAAGAGAAUAUGGAAAUUGGUACAUGUGAUGUUCUUCAUGGUGAAAAAAAGAAUUGCCAAAACAAACAUCUUGGCUGAUCUUAACAUGAUGAUUUCAAAGCGUGGCAAGAUUGCGGGUAAGGCCUUACAAAACCUUAACAAUAUGUUCCAUCACAAUAACCACAAUAAUGCGAAUAUUGCUCCAUCCGGCGACUAUGAGUUCAGCUGUCGCAACACCCCUCCUUAUCCGCUUUCUCUCUUUUCAAAUCACAAGAAAUAUCACAGCAAACGCGACCACGACCUUUCUACUACUAGCCCGCCAUUGGCUCUAGACGAAGACGAUUGUAAUGACAAUAUGGUUAUCAAUGCCGCGGUUCUUAAUGUUCUUAAUCAUAUGCGUACAAACGGCGCCACAUCAACACCACCCAGGAUAACUGACUCACCAUUUCCUGAAACUAAUGGUCGCGAAGAUAAUGGCCGUGUGGAUGAGGCUGCUCAGAUGUUCAUAAACAGAUUCUAUAAUGACCGGAGACGUGAAAGUUGA